AUGCCGACCUACGACGAUAUCACCAAGAUCUCCAUUCUCGGGAAUGAUAGCAUAAUCGUCGGCUAUGGGGUGCUAACCUCCUAUAUUGCCAAGGAUGUUGUCUCAAGCCUCAAAUCAUCUACCUACGUUAUAAUCACCGAUACGAACCUUGCCCCGCUCUACCUGUCUCAAUUGCGAGAUUCGUUCCAGAAAGAGCUAGUGGACUCUUCCAAUGAUGCCCGAUUAUUGCACUACGAGAUCAGUCCAGGCGAACAAUCCAAAUCUAGAGUAACAAAGGCCGAAGUGGAGGACUGGUUGCUGUCGCAAGGAUGUACCCGCGACACUGUUAUCCUUGCUUUGGGUGGCGGGGUAAUCGGCGACAUGAUCGGGUUUGUCGCUGCGACUUUCAUGAGAGGUGUCAGGUUCUGUCAGAUACCCACCACACUAUUAGCGAUGGUAGAUUCGUCAAUUGGAGGGAAGACCGCAAUUGACACUCCUUUGGGGAAGAAUCUCGUUGGGUCCUUCUGGCAACCGGAACGGAUAUUCGUAGACCUAGCCGUCCUGGAGACGCUCCCGGAGAGAGAAUUCAUCAAUGGCAUGGCAGAGGUUAUCAAGACUGCGGCUAUUUGGGACGAGGCAGCAUUCUCCAGGUUGGAGGCCAACUGCGACUCUGUUAUGGAGAUUAUAAAAGCUAAGCCUACCGGCGAUGGCAAAGGGCGGUUCUAUGCUAUUCGAGAUCUUCUCAUGGAUGUUGUAGUAGGUUCAGCCAAAGUCAAAGCUCAUGUUGUUUCGGCAGACGAGAGAGAAGGCGGUUUACGGAAUCUUCUCAACUUCGGCCAUUCAAUCGGCCAUGCCUUUGAAGCUAUUCUCACACCACAGCUUCUUCACGGCGAGUGUGUUGCCAUCGGUAUGGUGAGAGAGGCCGAGUUAGCGAGGUAUCUUGGAGUCCUUAGCCCAACAGCAGUAGCUCGAUUGUCAAAGUGUAUCUCCGGAUACGGUCUGCCUGUUUCCCUCGAAGAUAAGCGUGUAAAGCGGCUUUCCGGAGGCAAGACCUGCGACAUUGACCGUCUACUCGAGAUCAUGGCCGUGGAUAAAAAGAACUAUGGGAAACAAAAGAAAAUUGUUCUGCUUUCGGCUAUAGGUCGCACCCAUGAGCCCAAGGCCAGCACUGUUGCUGACGAGGCUAUCAGAGUUAUCCUUUCUGCCAGCCUGUUAAUCGGCCGUCUAGAAUCGACAACUCUGGAUCUACAAAUUACCCCCCCAGGCUCCAAAUCUAUCUCAAAUCGAGCUCUAGUGCUGGCUGCUCUUAGUUCUGGAACUUGUCGUAUCAGUAAUCUCCUACAAUCCGAUGAUACACAAUACAUGCUCACUGCGCUCAGCCAGCUUGGCGGCAUCAAAUACUCCUGGGAAGAUGAUGGAGAGGUACUAGUCGUUCAAGGAAAUGGCGGCAAGCUAAGCGCAUGCCCUGAGCCACUCUACCUUGGGAAUGCAGGUACUGCUGCACGCUUCUUAACCUCUGUUGCGACUUUGGUCUCCCCAACAUCAGAGUUGGAUAAUUGUGUCUUGACUGGAAAUGCCAGAAUGAAGCAACGCCCAAUUGGGCCUUUGGUGGAUGCUCUAACAUCGAAUGGUGCUGGACUCGCCUAUUUAGAGUCUCAGGGCUGUCUUCCUCUUCGAGUCAAGUCGACAAGUGGGAUGAAGGGCGGACGAAUCGAGCUCGCCGCAACCGUUUCCUCUCAAUACGUUUCGUCUAUUCUAAUGUGCGCCCCUUACGCACAGGAAGCUGUCACAUUAGCUCUUAUCGGCAAACCUAUCUCCCAGUUGUAUAUUGAUAUGACUAUCAGUAUGAUGGCGGCCUUCGGUAUACAGGUAGAAAGAUCUCAGACCGAGGAAUACACCUACCACAUUCCCAAGGCGACAUACAAGUGCCCCGCUGAGUACGUUAUUGAAAGCGACGCUAGCUCCGCAACAUAUCCUCUAGCUGUCGCAGCAAUUACCGGAACGAAAUGCACAGUCCCCAACAUUGGAUCAGCCUCCCUCCAGGGCGACGCUCGAUUCGCGGUCGAUGUCUUAGCCCCGAUGGGUUGUAAGGUCGAGCAAACCGCUACAAGCACGACCGUUCAAGGCCCACCUCGUGGAUUCCUCAAGGCCCUACCUAAUGUCGACAUGGAGCCUAUGACUGACGCUUUUCUUACUGCUUCGGUUCUAGCAGCAGUUGCGACCGCUAACUCGGAAACAAACACCACCCGAAUAUACGGUAUCGCAAAUCAACGAGUCAAGGAGUGCAAUCGCAUAGCCGCUAUGAACCAUGAGCUUGCCAAGUUUGGCGUGACCUGCCGGGAAUUCGAUGAUGGUAUCGAAAUAGACGGCCGGGAUAUGUCCUCGCUAAAAGUUCCAGAAGGCGGGGUCCACUGCUAUGACGACCACCGUGUAGCUAUGAGUUUCAGUGUUCUCAGUGCUAUCCUUGACGACCCAAUCUUACUUCACGAGCGACGCUGUGUCGAGAAGACAUGGCCUGGGUGGUGGGACAUCUUAUCCGGACCAUUCGGUGUUCCUCUCCGCGGCUACGAAGUCAGAACGGAGAAGGUCGCUACGAAGAGUAGGAACAGCAGUUCGAUUGUGCUAAUUGGGAUGAGGGGUGCCGGCAAGACAACAAUGGGCUCGUGGGCAUCCAGAAUACUUGGGCUCCCUCUCAUUGACCUCGACACUCUACUUGAAAGGGAGAGUGGUAAAACAAUUCCUCAAAUCAUUGGGGAUGCGGGUUGGGAAGAGUUUAGAAAGUUGGAACUUGAACUCUUCGCAAGAGAAAUCAAAUCAAAACCAAAAGACCAUGUCUUUGCUUGCGGUGGUGGCAUUGUAGAGACACCAGAAGCCAGACAGCUUCUCAAGAAAUACCAUAGCGGUGGCGGCAUUGUUAUCCAUAUCCAUCGAGAUAUCGAGAAGGUUAUAGACUAUCUCCAAAUCGACAAAACAAGACCAGCGUACGUAGAUGAUAUGAUGGACGUCUGGCAGAGACGCCGGUUAUGGUUUUCAGAGUGUAGUAACUACCAGUACUACAGUCCAAUCAUCGCUUCAGGGGACUUAAAUAUUCUGAAGCCGGACUUUGCUCGAUUUUUAUCCGUCAUUAGAGGUACAGAUACGGCGACAGAGGCGAUAUCAAACAAGCGAUCAGCCUCAUUCUUCGUCUCCCUCACAAUGCCAGAUCUCGAGAAUGACCAACAAAUCAUCGAGAAAUCCGUCGAAGGCUGUGAUGCAGUUGAACUUAGGGUAGAUCUUCUACUAGAUCCUAGCCAAAAGAAUGGUAUCCCUUCUCUGAAGUACUUGAACGAGCAAGUCGCCUACUUGCGAUCGAAGACCAAGCUUCCGCUGAUUUUCACGAUUCGAACGGUCAGCCAGGGUGGCCGCUACCCAGAUUCGGCCAUUGAAGAAGCAGAGAAACUAUACGUAGAGGCUUUGAAGAUGGGAUUCGAAUACUUGGAUUUGGAGAUGACAUGGCCGGAAGACCUUCUCCAGCGUAUCACAUCUGCCAAGGGUUUCACCCAAAUCAUAGCGUCCCACCACGAUACAAAGCAGGUACAUUCAUGGGCAGAUGGCUCGUGGAUCCCCGUUUUCAACAAAGCUGUAGCGCAUGGCGACAUUGUCAAACUGGUCGGGAUCGCCCGAAGUCUCGCAGACAAUUAUUCCCUAGAAAAAUUCCGGGAAUGGGCUGUCUCGACGCAAAAGGUUAAACUGAUUGCAAUCAACAUGACUAGCAAAGGUCAAUUAAGUCGCGUAUUGAAUGGAUUUUUGACCCCGGUAUCCCAUCCUGCCUUGCCGUUCAAAGCAGCUCCGGGGCAGCUUUCCAUCACAGAAAUCAACAGGGCGUUGACGUUGUUAGGCGAGAUAACACCAAAACAAUUUUAUCUGUUCGGAAAGCCGGUUUCGCACUCUCGAUCCCCAGCGUUGCAUAAUUCGCUCUUUGGGAGGUUCGGGCUACCUCAUAAUUACGACCUCCUCGAGACGGAUAUUGCCGAAGACACGCUAGGGAAAAUCAGAGCAGACGAUUUCGGCGGUGCCUCGGUUACCAUUCCCUUGAAACUAUCUUAUUUCGACUACCUUGACGAAAUCAGUGACGAGGCACGAGCGAUCGGGGCGGUAAAUACAAUUUAUCCCAUUGGGCUAGCUGAUAAUGGCAAAAAGAUUUUGCGGGGUGAUAACACUGAUUGGCUCGGUAUCAAGAUGGCCCUCGAAAGUGGCGGAUUCGCUAACAGUGGUGGACCCGGCUUGGUGAUUGGCGCGGGGGGUACAUCCAGAGCAGCCGUUUAUGCCCUUGCAAGCCUAAAGAUCUCACCGAUAUAUAUUAUCAACAGGACUGCCGAGAACAGCAGGCAGAUGGCAGCAUCCUUCCCAGGGGAUCAAUAUGAUAUUCAGGUGAUCGAAACCGUAGAAGAAGCCGCCUCCAAAAUUUCUAUCCCUCUUGUUGCGGCCGUUUCGACAGUUCCCGCAGAUCGUGAGAUUGACGUCAAGCUCAAGGGCAUUUUGACAGCUGUACUAGGUAUCGGAUCUACGGGUAAUGGUGAUAGCGAGAGGCCUGUGCUAGUGGAGAUGGCUUAUAAGCCCCAGCAUACGGAUAUGAUGAAAUUAGCGGAAGGGUUGGGAUGGAAAACUGUCCCUGGUUUGGAAGCAUUGACCGGUCAGGGCAUCGAACAAUUCAAACGGUUUACAGGGUUUUCCCCAAAUGUUCAGGUAGCGAGGGAUGCCGUCCUUGGUAUUGACGAGAAACAAUCAUGA